GGCGGGGGCCCGCGGGGCAGCGCGGCGGCGGAGCGGCAGCAGCUGGAGCAGGGGGAAGCGGCGGCGGCGGGGGCCGCGCCGCGCCAUGGCGCAGCAGCAGAUGAGCAGCUCGCAGAAGGCGCUGAUGCUGGAGCUGAAGUCGCUGCAGGAGGAGCCGGUGGAGGGCUUCCGCAUCACCCUGGUCGAUGAGUCCGACCUCUACAACUGGGAGGUGGCGAUCUUCGGGCCCCCCAACACCCUCUACGAGGGCGGGUACUUCAAGGCUCACAUUAAAUUUCCAAUUGACUAUCCAUACUCACCACCUACCUUCAGAUUCCUGACCAAAAUGUGGCACCCCAACAUUUAUGAGAAUGGAGAUGUAUGUAUUUCAAUUCUUCACCCACCUGUAGAUGAUCCACAAAGUGGAGAGCUGCCAUCCGAGAGGUGGAACCCUACCCAAAAUGUCAGGACUAUCUUACUGAGUGUAAUCUCUUUGCUUAAUGAGCCCAAUACAUUCUCUCCUGCCAACGUGGAUGCAUCAGUCAUGUUCAGGAAAUGGAGGGACAGUAAAGGAAAAGACAAGGAGUACGCUGAAAUCAUAAGGAAACAGGUUUUGGCCACCAAAGCUGAGGCAGAGAAGGAUGGUGUGAAGGUCCCCACUACGCUGGCAGAGUACUGCAUCAAAACUAAAGUGCCUUCCAAUGACAACAGUUCGGAUUUGCUUUACGACGACUUGUACGAUGACGACAUUGACGACGAAGAUGAGGAGGAGGAGGAUGCCGACUGUUACGAUGAUGAUGAUUCUGGCAAUGAGGAGUCGUGACCUGCUCCCCCGGUGCCCCUGUACUGCCCUGCCGACUCAGGCCAGAAGGGAGCAGCGGUAACAUAGCAGCAGUCCAGCAAAAAAGUGGGGGGGGAGGGCCAAAAGAAAAAAAAACAAACUCUUGUCUCCUGCUGUCUCCCGUUGUAUGGAUCUGUUUGCUCCUUUUUUAUGGACCUCUUAGAGACCCUCCACAGAAUGUCUGAAUUCUUGCAUUCUUAGCCCUCUUAUCACUGUAUUACGAUUUCUUUUUGAAAAAAAGAAAAAAAAAAAAAACCCUUUCACUUCUCUACGAAACAGCUCACAGCAAAAACAGGUUUGCUCGCCUUUAGGUUCUUGAGUUGCAGCCUUGCAUUGAGAUGUUUAAUGUAUUUAAAGCUGGAAUAAACCCGCUGGAAGCUGGGUUGGUUUUUUCAUUCUUUUCUGGGGGAGCUCAAGUGCUGCAUUUACUGGGGAAUUAAAAACAACACAAGAUCCACAUAAAGCAAAUUGCCAAGGUUUAGCUGCUCCAUUUACGAUAAUAGUGUGUGUACAUUCGUUUAGCCUUGUGGUGGUGGCUUUUCCUUUAUAAGGUGUGGGGCGGAGAGUGUAAAGCUACUGUGUCGAGCUUGAUGGGAUAUCACUGAAAGGUACAGUAUUCCUUUUCCAGCCUGCUCAACAUAGGAAAUAGCUGGUCCCUGGAGCCCCAGGGGGCACGAUCAGCUUUGUGUCUGAAAAAGGCUUGUGAAACGAACCCUAAAAUAAACACUUAACACUUCAUGUCUGUACAGCUGAGCCCUGGGUUGCUAUUUAUUUUAUGUUUUAUUCUUUUUCAGACUAGGUCGGGGUUGGGAAAGCUCAGUUUAGCUAUGCUGCUGAGGCCUGCUGGAGCUGCCUCUGUGAAGGGAGGAGAACAGAUACACAUCACACUGCCCAGCAGGUCAGCCUUCAUCCUCAGCUACUUUAUGGCAGGGGGGGGAUACUGAAAGACUCCUGCCGCAGUGCUUGCUAGCAGCCUGUGCUUCCUGCAGCCUGUGUCCAGUGUUUGUGGUGUUUAUGUAGGUCACACAUUGGUAAAUGCGGAGAUAAAGAGCUGCCUUUGGUGCCUGCCUGGGGUGGCCAGGCUGCCCCUGUGCCUGCAGAAGCUAUGGGGCACAGGGGAUGGAUGUGUGCCGAGCUCUCCCCUGCCUUGCUGGGGGAGAGCACGGGUGCAUGUGUGCAGCCCACCGGAGAGGGGUACAUGGUGCUUUCAGGCUGUAAGAGAAGGCCAGCGGCAGGGUUAGACAGGCUCUUUCGCAGCAUGCUUCAGCCGGUGCACUAAGCUCAGCCUUCUGCAUGUUUUUGGGAUCUCUUGGCAGAGCUUAGGGGGGGAUCCGGCUUGCUCGUGUCUGCAGAACCCUCUUCCCCAGUCACUCAGCACCCUCACCCCUUUGCAGCGUGCUGCUUGUGUUUGCCUGUGGUGCAGUGGCCCCAGUUCACCCUUUGCAUGCUCCUCCUGUGCUGAGCCUGCACCUCCAGCAUCAGGGCUGAGGUGCAAGACCCUCCAUCAACACAGGUACAGAGGUGGUUUUACCCUGACAGAGCUGCAGGCUUGGGCACUUGCUUCUGCCUCCCCUUGGUGUAUCUCAGGGCUUUCAAUGGUACGUCACCGGGGUGCUUUGCUGGGAGUAACCUUUGUUCUGUCACCAGCUCCGUGGCUGUGUCCCGGGGGACAAGGAGGAGCGGGAUGGGAGCGAGCGCCUGGAUGGAGAGCAGGGGAGGGCAAGCCCUUGGGGUGAUGAAGGCUGGUGGGCUCUCUGCAAGUGAGCAGGGCAGAUGUGCAUCCAGGACACUGCUUGGCUGGGAUGUGCUGCAGCAGGGACAGCCCCUGUGGUGACACCUUGUGCUCCUGUGACCCUCUGCCUGCAUGUUACCUGGGGAGGCAGCCAGACCCCUCCUGCAGCAUCCCGCAAGUGUUGCCCCAGCUCAUCCCGCUUCCAGCAAGGGCAAGCUCAGCCCCUCGUGUUUCUGGUGCUGGAAGAGGGGCUCCCCUGCACCAGCGAUGGUGUGGGGCACCCCCAGUCCUGGGGCUGCAUGGGGAUAGGGACACCACCUUCCAUGUUUCGGGUGCUGCUUGGAGGGUGAAGGAGCAGAGUGUGGCUGUGCUCAUGGCUUGAAAUGAGGAUACUGCAUCUUUCAGGAUUCCCCUUGUACUUUUGACCGUCUUCACUGUAUACUCUCCAGUGACUUGUAUUUUCAAGCUUGGUGUUGUAAGAUGCAUUAUCAUGACUCUACCUUUUUUUAAACUCAAAAGCAAACUAUUUUGAGCGCUCCUACAUUGAACAGACUGAUUUCUCUUUCCUGCUGUCCUGUGCAGUGUCAUUGCUUGUUGACUUGCUGGUUUCCUUUCUUUUUAAGAUACAAACUGAAGUAUGAGGGUGGUUUUUUGUUUUCUUUUUUUUUUUUGGUUUGUUUUUGUUUUUUUUUUAACUAUUUAAGAGAUUGCAGAAAAAAUGUUUACCUGAUCUGUGUAUUCUGGAGUUUCUAUCUUGACCCUUUUCUCCUGUGUUGGCUGAUUUUAGCGUUUACAUUUGCAACUACAGGCCCCUUCAAAUGCAGUUUUCAACCAUUCUGAAACCAGCAGGGUACACUAGAUUUCUAAGUAGUUUUCUUAGGUGAAAGCCCAGAUGUUUUUCCUUUUUGUUUUUCUUUUUCUCUUCAGUAUAAUUUACCAGAAAGAAUUAACUGAUGCAUUUUUGUGUUGUCUUCCCCUUCAGUAGUUAUAUUUUGUCUUUUCUGCACAUCUGUCUACUAAUAAAAAUGUGAAAUGAAAA